AAAAUAACAACAUUCAGUGAAAAGUUUGACUUCAGAUUACCAGCUGUCGUUUUAAAUCGUUAUUUACUUCAUUUAAACAUUACGUGGUGAAGAAUAUUGACCUUGCCGCGUUUGUAACUUGUCCGAGGCAAAGUUAAAAGCUUGUGAUUCACCCUUUGAAUUCAAAGCAUGAAGAAUCACCUUAAAAGCCCAAAACAAAAGGCUGGGGUUCGACUGCUCGUGGGUGUUUUCAUCAGCGGCAUUGGCAUGGACCAGAUAAGAUUUGGCAUCCUACUUAAAACUAUCGUUUUACAGGGUUUAGUCUUAAGGGAUGUGUUUUCCAUUCAGAAACAAGAAUGGAUUGAUACCCCAACUGCAAAAUUGUCAGAGGGAGAUGUGACAUGUUUUACUGAGUACAUGGAGAUGUGGAUCCAUAGUGCGAUGAUUGAAGGGUUGGGAAUCUGGCUGUCUGGGGCCUUGCAGAUCCAAGCCAACCUUGCAUCUCUGGAUCACCUAAACCUCCAACUGACUCCCUGUGGAUUCUCACUGCACAAAGACCCCGACGAGAACUUUAUUUUUAGAGUCAGCUACACUGGAUGUUUUGUUAAGCAACAGCAUGGCUACCAUGUCCUGACACUGAAUCUGGUGAGGAGGAUUAACCGAUUUGGAGGCAGACCUCGCAGUUUAUUGAUGACGUGUCCCAUGGUUCCUGUGCUGCUCAGCAGAGAGCAGAUCCAGUGUGACCCAGACUAUAUCCAGGUGACCAGACCAGUUCCCUGUGACAGCUGGGACAACGAGUUGCAGUGGUCUCUGUCUCUGAGCGAUCAGCUCAUUGUAGCUCUGGAGGAUGCCAGCCUGAUCCAGAUGAACACUGCCAUGAGGGGACCAGACAUCACAGUUCAAGGCAGGAGGAGAGAGGUCUUGAGCCCCGUCAAAGUGAUGGAAUCUGAAGGGGAAUUCUUGGCCUUGAAGCUGGUCAGCGGUCAGUAUGCCUACAGUAUGGAAGCCACAUGUCCAAAAGUGAGCACGUCCACAGCAGAGGAGACAGUGCUACACAUUUUCAAACGACACAUGGGUCUGACCAAACGAGGCAGCCACAACAGCAACGCACUGACAGUCAGUAACGUGUCAGUGAAACAGACAGAUGACCUCACCGUGCACGAGACCAGUGAGUUUGUGACACUGAUCAUCCCCACAGCCCAGAUACUCCAGAACAAGGCCUGCGCAGACAGCAAACAACUCCUGCAGCCGUUCUACAGGGUGGAUGUUGUGCUCACCUUCAAAGAGACAAAUCACAAAAUGCACUGGACCAUGGAGAACACACUGCCAUGCACAGUCAGGCCUGCUGCGCCACACAUCACAUCUGCUCCUGGUCCAAACACCACAGUCCUGUCCACGCUCAACUCUAACCACGAGAAUCUAACUACAGAACAGCCGAUGUUGGACCGCGCCACGGCACCCGCAGGGAAACUAAACGACAUGGCUCUGCUCAAAGAGAGGACUGCAGAGUUUUCCACAACUAAAUCAUCUCACACACAAAUGGAGACAUACAGUUUUGAUCUCCACAGUGAUGAGACGUCAAAGAGUCCAAGUGGAAAUUUGUCUUCCAACAUUACUUCCAUUAAUGCAACUGACACAAGCUUUUCUGAUUUUCUAAAUGAAACCGCAGAUGCUUCCUCAGAGCGAGGUUUCCCCAGAAAGGACCCACCUGACACAAGAGUACAAGAGUAUCAACAAUUCAACACAGCAGAUAAAGAUGAGCUGAAGGGACUGAAGUGGAUGUGGGGCGAAUAGAAAGCUGACAAAAAAAUUCACUUCUCUUGGUGUCACGUGUUGCAUCUAUGUCUGUUUGCAGUCUUUAAAGGUGAUGCUGUGGGCAGUCAGCGCUGUGAAGGUUGAUUAUACAAGCAGAAAUACAGCCAGACCUCUGCCAGCCGGUGCCUCGGGGCGGACAUUAUCCAGACACAGACGAGGCAGGCGUUAAAUAAACACGUCUCCAUCCGAGCGGCACAACAGGCUGACGUAGAGAAGACCCUGCAGUUGUUACCGCCGAUGCCACCAUCCAGGGAAACCUGAGUUUCAGUGACUGUCUGCUUGUCAGUGAUGAAUUUGAGACUUCUAAGAGUUUUAUGCUUGUAAGGCAGAGACUGAGGCUGAACAAAUGCAUUCUUUUUUCUUCUUCUGUUUAAAACAUAAAUUCAUUUUCUGACUCUCAACCUUACUUGAGCUGUUGUGUUGCCACUUUACUGCAGUACAGUGAGCCAGCAAGAGAGGGCACUGUUGAAUGUGUUUUCAACAAACCCUGAGUUGGGUCGGCAGCCUGUCUGCAGAUGCUCAAAUUAACCACUCUUACACAUUUUUGCGGUAGUAGCAUUUUUUUUCUGUAGUUUUUUGUUUUCUUAGCUUUUUAUUGUUUGUUUUUUUCUGUCAUAGUUCAUCAUGAGGACAGAAUGUGACCAUAAACUGCCACAGAGCAAUGAAAAAUUAGCCAGAAAGAGAAGUUUGGG